AGUCGCUGUGCUGAUGAGUGCAGUGGGAAUUGGCGUUGGCAUGAAGCUCGCCACAGGGACAAGCCGAGGCACAGAAGGAGCGGCUUUGACAUUAUAAACAACAAGAGACAUGCUACUUAGGGUUUUAAAAUAGGACAUUUCUCUGCGUUUUAAUAUGGAACAUUAAACUCGAGCAACCUUUACAGAUAUACAAGUCGUGUUCUUCACGAACAUAGUUUUAGGUCUAUUAUAACGUGUUAUAACUGAAGGAAUAUUGAGCAUUUUGAAGGUCGGAAAAUGCAGAGGUAAUAGUUUGAUGAGAUUUUAAUUAAACAUAAGAUGGACGCAGUUGCACCUUAGGUUUCUGGUCGGACUUUGCUGUGAGAGAUGGGAAAAUGGGAGUUAACCAUGGACCCAGUUCAGGAGUGGGGUGAGGAGUUUGAAGAUGGCGCAGUGUUUGGCAUCACACUGCGCAGAGAGCGAGUGCAGCAGUCGGGCGAAGCAGCCGAGGCCUCCCCCUGCUCUGCGUACGUUCAGUACCGUACAUCUAAAAUCCGGAGGCUGAAAGCAGCCACCCUGAACCGUGUGGUGGAUCACCUGUUUGAUCCCUGCUGCCAAGAGCAGGACUAUGGGAGGAUACUGCUUUCUACAUACCGCACCUUCAUCAGCACCAACAAACUCAUCGAACUGCUUUUGCAGAGAGACAGUCUUGACUCUGAGCUGGACAACAGCAAGUGUCAUAAGAGCUCUCUAUGGAUUCUACUUCAGACAUGGUUGGAUGAGUUUGCUGAGGAUUUCAGGGAUCCUCCAAUGCACUCUUCGUUGCGCUUAAUGUGCCUGCAGCUGAGGCGACACACAUCUCUUUUGGUCCUAGCCAAGUGCUAUGAGGAUCUCCUCAAGAAAUUCCAAGCAGAAGAUGCUGCGAAUAAAGAUCAAGCUGGUGGGGAACAGGAGCAAGAGUUGAAUCAGGGAGAGAAGGACUUGGAUGAUGUAACCAAUCAGGCAGACUUCAUGGAUUUCUCUGUCACAGAACUUGCAGAACAGCUCACCAAACAGGAUGCAGAGCUGUUUGUGAAGGUGGUCCCCUUCCAGUGUCUGGGCUGCGUAUGGUCUCAGAGAGAUAAGAAGGAAAACCUCUCGCCCACCAUUCGUGCCACCAUCUCCCAGUUCAACUCUAUUACUAACCGUGUCAUCACCUCACUGCUUUGCCCCUCCACCUCGCCUUCUUCCACUCCAUCAUCCACUCCAAACCAGAGAGCAAGAAUCAUCGAGAGAUGGAUACGAGUUGCACAGGAGUGCAGGCAGCUGAAGAACUUCUCCUCCCUGAAGGCCAUUUUGUCUGCGUUGCAGUCCAACCCGAUUUACAGGCUGAGGAAGACCUGGGAUGCGCUGAACAGAGAAAGUGUGAGCACUUUUGAGAACCUGUGUGAAACUUUCCCAGAUGAGAACUGUGUGUUGACCAGCAGAGAAAUCCUUGUGGAGGAUGGGAGCCAGGCAGCCAUGGACAAUAUUUUACCCAAGACAUCCAAGCAGUGUCCCAUGUCCAAACAGAUGAGCACCAACAAUGGAGUCGUGCCUUACCUGGGAACAUACCUCACUGUACUCACCAUGCUGGAUACAGCACUGCCUGAUACUGUGGAGCGUGACUUCAUAAAUUUCGAGAAGCGCAGGAGGGAGUAUGAGAUUUUGUGGCAAAUCCGUCAACUCCAAGCAUCCUGCUCUCAGUACACUUUACCAGACCAUCCUCAGAUUGCAGCCUGGUUACAAUGUCACAGUCUGCUCACGGAUCAGGAGAGUUAUGAGUUGUCCAGACAGCUGGAGCCUCCACUUGACAGCUGUUCGCCGUCCAGCAGUACAGCCUCAAAUCACGUUUCACUCACCAAAAGGCUCACUUCCCUCCUGAAUGUGACUGAGACCUCCAAAAAGAAUGCUGACCAGAUUAGUGUCUCAUCUUCUGGAUCCAGCAGCUCUGAAAUGGAGGAUCUCUCCACAAAUCAGUCAUCUCCUCUUGGAGCGCAGUCGCUCUCGAGCUCCUGCCAAAACAUGGCUGACAGCGUUUCUACCUCUUCUCCUACGGGCUCUUCUAGCUCCUCCACCAGCUCCAAGGCUGACCUCAUUCUCUCUCCACUGUUGACUUCGUCAGCUCCAUCCAAGCCUGGCCAUAAGCGCUCGGUUUCCAUGACCGCACUGCCCCUGUACAACAGGCAGGUGGCUGACUCUUGCAUUAUUAGAAUCAGUGUGGAGAGCAGCAACAAUGGAAACAUGUACAAGAGCAUCCUGCUGACUAGUCAGGAAAAAACAGCCCAAGUGAUCGAGAGGGCCCUGCAGAAACACAACCUGGAGAAUGCCAGUGUACAGGACUUCUGUCUUGUCCAAAUGUUGGCUCAAGGCAAAGAGCUGAUCAUUCCAGACAAAGCCAAUGUCUUCUAUGCCAUGUCUACUUCAGCCAACUAUGACUUUGUUUUACGCCGUUGUCCAAAAGGCCAGCGGAAACAACUCGCACGCUCAGCAUCAAUGUCAGCAGGCCGGUCUACGAAAUAGCAGCGCUCUGGAAAACUCAAUGAGAAGAAACUGAAUUUGCUUAAAAAUCCGCACAAUACUGAAAUGCCACUGAACUCGUUAUGAUUAAAAUUUUAUAUCCAAAAUGUACAUAGAAUAUAUGUAUAUAGUCAAACAUAUUUAUGCUUAUUUAAUGGUAGUUAUUUGCUACUUGACAAAUAUUUUUCUAAUAAUGUUAAUAAGUUAAUAUCAGCUUGCUUUGAACUUAACUGAACACUGUUUUCACUGUUUUCACAUGGUUCUAAACUGCCAGAAAUGUAGAAGCUUUAUAUUUAUAAAGAUCUAAUAGUGGUAUGGGUUGUAGCAGUAAGAUUCCUAAUCCUACAAGUCAUCAAUGUCUUUGUCACAGAAUUGCAGCAGCUACAGUACCCGACUGCGUAAAGUGCAGCUCACAUGGCCUGAGUUUCACUAGUUUCACUGUCAGUUUCUGUCAAACUGAGCAUGACUAUCACCUCAGUCAGUUGCAGUCUUUGCAUACCAGGUUACAUAAUUUAGAGCUUCAUAGUAAUGUACGAUUCAUUGCCUGUACUGUUUUCUCAUAAUGCAUACUGAAGUUACACAGUCACUUACAAGAUACUUCUUUUAGUGUGGACCUGAAAUUCAUUUCUAUACUAGUGAAGGUCUUUUCCCUGAUUAUUUGCAUCCUUACUGUUUAUAUUAUACAACAUAGGUAAUACUUAAGAGGCUGAUAAAACUUAAUAUAAGAAAGGCAAAGCAAAUCUAGUUGAGUAUGUAACACAUGUAGACAUUACAUUAACAUUUAAUGUCAAAGGCCAUGUUUAUACCAAUAAGUUUCUUUUUCUAUCCAUAUAUCUGAUGUUUUGUUGAUCUGUUCAGUUUUUAUUAUUUGUAGAACAACCUGCCUUUUAAAAGUAAGAUGUGAUGCCUCCCUUUAAAGUAGAUAUAGGUGAUAGAGGCAGUCAUUAUGUUCCCUUCCCACGGCUCAGCACCAUGAUGAUAUAUCGAUUGGGCGUGUACGUUUGUGUGUGUCGCUCUUGCUCUCUUUCUCUCUGUGUGUGUGUGUUUGUGUAAGAUAAAGGUACUGCACUGACAGGCGUAGUGGCAUUCCACCAUCACAUUGUAAGAGUGGUAGAAGUCUAAUCAGCAGUUGCUGCACUGUUCAGCAAUUCCACUGUAAUGUCUUGCACUUUCAUCCACUUGUUCCUGACUCAGGCUUUACAGAAUCUCUGCCACUGAUGUCUUCUGAUGUUAUUCUUUAGUGCUUUAAAAUAACGUUCAAUUUCUGUGCAAUUAUUAUCGGAGAGAUAUAUUUUCUUGUUCUUAACCACAAAUGUAUUCUUUGAUUCUGCUGUUUAAAGUAGAUUUUUUUUUCUUCUCAAAAAAGAGAAAUAUUGUUUAGUAUCCGAUUAAUUAUUCUUAGGAGAAUCACAAACAAAUGUGUAACAGAUUUUGAGAAGAAAUCAUCACACUGAUUAUUACUGUAUUAUAGUGUACUGUAUUUUAGACUUAUUCUACUCUGCAAUUCAUAGCAUUUCAUUGGUUUACUGUACAUACUAAUUAUGCAUGUACAUGUAGCACUUCUCAAAAGAUUAAAAUGAACUUAAACAUUGUA